UCUGGAACCUUCGGGAUGAGAGUUUCGAGAAACGUGUCCUCCAAGUAUAAAAAGACUGAAGCAGGCCUACAGAUCGGCAGAUAGCACUCAAGAGAGCGCGCACUACAGUCAAGACACUAGAAGAAUCACCAAGGGACGAGUGUACCUUCAUACACAAGAAGAUUCAUAUAUCAAUUCAUAUAGAAGACAUUUAAAAAGAUGCCUGAGAAAGCUGCCCAGCCCAUGAUGGAGGAGGAUGUGGAGACUUUUGCCUUUCAGGCAGAAAUUGCUCAGCUGAUGUCUCUGAUCAUCAACACCUUCUAUUCUAACAAGGAAAUCUUCCUCAGAGAGCUAAUCUCUAACUCCUCCGAUGCUUUGGACAAGAUCCGAUAUGAAAGCUUGACAGAUCCAAGCAAACUUGAUUCCUGCAAGGAUCUGAAGAUUGACAUCAUUCCUGAUCAGAAGGAGCGUACACUGACCAUCAUCGACACUGGCAUUGGCAUGACCAAAGCCGAUCUCAUCAACAACUUGGGAACCAUCGCCAAGUCUGGAACCAAGGCAUUCAUGGAGGCUCUGCAGGCUGGAGCCGACAUCUCUAUGAUUGGUCAGUUUGGUGUGGGUUUCUACUCAGCCUACCUGGUAGCUGAGAAAGUCACAGUCAUCACCAAACACAAUGAUGAUGAGCAGUAUGUCUGGGAGUCAGCAGCAGGGGGUUCCUUUACAGUGAGGCCUGAUUGCGGUGAGCCUCUUGGCCGUGGCACAAAGGUGAUUCUUCAUCUGAAGGAGGACCAGUCAGAAUAUACUGAGGAGAAACGUAUCAAGGAAGUUGUUAAGAAGCACUCUCAGUUCAUUGGCUACCCAAUCACUCUCUAUAUUGAGAAACAGAGAGAAAAGGAAGUUGAUCUAGAAGAAGGAGAGAGGGAGGAGGAGGUUCCAGCUGGUGAUGACAAGGAUAAGCCCAAGAUUGAGGAUGUAGGAUCUGAUGAGGAUGAGGACAGCAAAGAUGGCAAAAAUAAAAGGACCAAGAAGAUCAAGGAAAAGUACAUUGAUGCCCAGGAGCUGAACAAGACCAAGCCUAUCUGGACCCGUAACCCUGAUGACAUCACCAAUGAGGAAUAUGGAGAGUUCUACAAAAGCCUUACUAAUGACUGGGAAGAUCACCUUGCAGUCAAGCACUUCUCAGUAGAAGGCCAACUGGAGUUCCGCGCUUUGCUGUUUGUCCCACGAAGAGCAGCUUUUGACCUCUUUGAGAACAGGAAGAAGAGAAACAACAUCAAGCUAUAUGUGCGCAGAGUCUUCAUUAUGGAUAACUGCGAAGAGUUAAUGCCUGAAUAUCUUAAUUUUAUGAAGGGUGUGGUAGACUCUGAGGAUCUGCCACUAAACAUUUCCAGAGAGAUGCUACAACAAAGUAAGAUCCUCAAAGUCAUCCGAAAGAACCUGGUCAAGAAGUGCCUUGAGCUCUUUACUGAAAUCUCGGAGGAGAAGGACAACUACAAGAAGUGUUAUGAGCAGUUCUCCAAAAAUAUCAAGCUCGGUAUCCAUGAAGAUUCUCAGAACCGCAAGAAGCUCUCAGAGCUUUUGCGCUACUAUACGUCCAACUCUGCAGAUGAGAUGGUGUCCCUCAAGGACUAUGUCUCUCGCAUGAAGGACAACCAGAAGCACAUCUACUACAUCACUGGUGAGACAAAGGAACAGGUGGCCAACUCUGCCUUUGUGGAACGGCUGCGCAAAGCUGGCCUGGAGGUGAUCUACAUGAUUGAGCCCAUUGAUGAGUACUGUGUUCAGCAGCUAAAAGAAUAUGAUGGCAAAACCCUGGUGUCAGUGACCAAGGAGGGUCUGGAGCUGCCCGAGGAUGAGGAGGAAAAGAAGAAGCAGGAAGAGCUUAAAUCCAAAUUCGAGAACCUUUGCAAGAUCAUGAAGGACAUAUUAGAUAAAAAGAUUGAAAAGGUUGUUGUAUCCAACCGCCUGGUUGCCUCCCCUUGCUGCAUCGUGACCAGUACAUACGGCUGGACAGCCAACAUGGAGAGGAUCAUGAAGUCUCAAGCACUGAGGGACAACUCCACCAUGGGCUACAUGACAGCCAAGAAACACCUGGAAAUCAACCCCGUGCACCCGAUUAUUGAGACCCUUAGAGAGAAGGCAGAGGCUGACAAGAACGACAAAGCCGUCAAAGACCUUGUGAUUCUGCUGUUUGAGACUGCUUUGCUGUCUUCUGGAUUCACCCUGGAGGACCCACAGACACACGCUAACCGUAUCUACAGGAUGAUCAAACUUGGACUUGGCAUUGAUGAUGAUGAUUCGGCUGUGGAGGAUAUUGUCCAGCCCAGUGAGGAGGACAUGCCAGUACUGGAGGGUGAUGAUGACACGUCCCGAAUGGAGGAAGUUGACUAAGGUUUCAAGCCUACAUGUAGCACAGAAAAAAAAUGUAAAUGUAUUUAGCUAGAAACAGAUUCUUAUGUCAGUUAGGCUUUGUAACAGGUAAAAGCCUUAGGGAUAAUCAGUUUGUAACUAGCCUAUUUAUUCUUUUUUUUUUUUUUUUUUAAUUUUUGUUAUUUUAAUAUGUUGUGCUUGUUUGACAGUCAUUGGAAAUGUUAUGCUGUUUUUAACUUUAACCACUUUUUUUUUUUAAAGAAACAUGGAACACAAUAUUUCUAAUAAAAGAUUAUUUAUAAAGCAAUAAA